GAGUCGCGCCAAGCCAUAAAACCCUUCGCACUGAAAAUAAAAACCCCGCGGACACCUCAUCAACUUCACUCGCUACUUCUCGUCUUCUCGAAAUGGCAACACAAAUUGAAGAGGCUUCUCCGGCAAUCGUUAACGGCGACGACGUGCGAGCUCUCUACGAAGCCGUCCGAUCUCUGCCCAGCCAAGCCGUGAUUGAGUUGUUCUCAAUCGGGGUAUGCACCAGAUGCAUUUUGCGGUUGUUUGGGGUCAGAGAGUGUGUGCAUUAUCGUUCUCCGCUAUCACCUUCAAUGCUGAGCUCAGUCUUCUCGGAUUUAACUGAUCCAGUGGACAUCCACAGUAGCUUACGAGAGCCGGCGGUUUGUACGGUUUGUUUAGGAGUCUUGCAGUUCACUUAUAGUGAGAAUAAUAAGGUGGUGAAAAAGGAGAGUGUGGAUGGGUUGGCUGCUUAUAUUUGCAAUCUGAUUAGGGAACAGGGAUUUGAGAUAGACGGUUUUUCUCUUGAAGUGUCUAUACCACCUAUUAUCCUGGAAAACGAACGCACUGUUUGGGAUCAUAUGAAAACAAAGUAUGAUUCUGAACUUUGGUUUCAGGAGAGGUCACUGCCUGAAUGCAUUUCUGCAAAAGAUGCUCUAAAAGUUUCUCUUACAGAGUCCCUAGAAUCAAUGCUGGAUUGCAAAUCAAGCACAGGCACUUUUCGCAUCCGUUUGACGUACACAUACCCUGUAUCAUCAAAAAUAGUUGAAAACUCUGUUGAUGGGUGCCAUGAGAGUAAAAGAAGAAAAACAGGCACACCGAAUGGUCUGGACUUGGGUGAACCGAGGAGUCUGCAAGCUAAUGAAUCGUCGAAAUGUCUGAAGUUAUGUCUUGAGCAGACCAAUGAACCUUGCUGUUUGGAGUUCCUCUGUUACAGGACGCAAAUAUACUUUGGUGGGAGAUACCUGAAGUACUCGAGAAAUGUAAGUCAAAGUUGUUGGAUUAUUGAUGAUGAAAGAAUGGGAGAAGCAUCAGUUGAGGAGAUAAUAGGUAGCAACAUUCUUCCCAUAUGUCGUGGUGAUAAAUACAAGUUUCAUGCGGCUGGCAGAGAAGAUAUUGAUGUCCGGAUGUUGGGUUCUGGGAGGCCUUUCCUGGUUGAGGUACAAAAUGCGCGCUAUAUCCCAUCACUGGAGUCUGUAAAAGAUUUGCAAACAAAGAUAAAUAACUUGCAAAAUAAAUUGGUGGGUGUUAAAAAUUUGAAACUAGUGGGCAGUCAGUCAUGGGAUCUCAUGCGUGAAGGAGAAGCAGAGAAACAGAAGCAAUACACUGCACUUGUGUGGACGUCUCGCAUUCUCAAUGAUGAAGACUUUCAGUCUAUAUCUUCAAUUAAAGACAUGCUUAUUCUGCAAAGGACUCCAAUCAGGGUGCUUCACCGCCGAAGUCCAUUGGAACGUGAAAAGAUUAUUCAUUGGAUGAGAAUCGAGAGGAUCGUUGGAAGUUCUCAAUAUUUUCUUCUGCACCUAUGUACCCAGGCUGGAACGUAUAUCAAGGAAUUUGUUCAUGGUGAUCUUGGACGCACUCAACCUAGCUUUGGAUCAAUGUUGGGUACGAGAGCAGAGAUACUGCGACUUGAUGUAACUGAUGUUAAAAUGGAUUGUUUUCUCACUGAAUGAGGAAGGAACCAUUGAAGCUGGAGGUUUAAGGUUAUGCAGAGUGAAUCAUUUUUUGGCACCAUGUAUGAUUUCGGCUUAAAGCAACUUUUUUUUGCUUCUAAAUUCCAAAGAGUCAAUAAACCCCUGGAUUUUAAUAAGAAAAAUUUAAAGCCAGGUUUUGAUCAACGGCCCUGAAGCCCCAUUUGUAGUGAAGAGGUUUCGGACCAUCGACAGGCUUAAUUUUACUGGCAUUGGCAGCCGCUUUUUUGAUUACUGGCACACUUUUUUGACGGGCCUAACGUGCGCAGAUU